UGUAUGAGGAAAACUUCCAGGAUCAUCGUGUAAGGGCAGAAAUCUGCAGCGCUAUCGAUUUUCCCAAGAACUACCGCCCUCUACGGAGGAAAAACUGUUUUUCACCCUUCCGUCCUUGAUGCAAAAAUGGGGUAGUGUGUUGAGCCUUCGCUUAGUGAUAACUUGCUCCUAGUGGGAAGCCUGGCCGUUAUUUGAUGUGAAAAAAAUCCGGAAUGAAAGCCAAUUAAACGGCUUCGGUGAUAACAAGAACAUAUCGAUGAUGGAAACUUGAGUAGAAGACUGUCGGGGAAGAAGCAUAUCAAAAUUUUUAUUCCAAUAAUGUUAAAUACCCAUAGAAAUCGUAGGUGUCAGAAUGAAACAUGUGUAAAUUUCUUACAUAUCAGGAAAAGAUAGUUUGUAAGCGGAGGAUGAGGUUACCUCUUACAAUGUACCUCAUAAUAUUUGUAAGUGCAUCAGUAGUUUUUUACCAAUAUCAUCUUUCAAAAGCAUGGGUGAUCUCGCAUAAUAAUUCGCAGCAAUUCAGGGAUCUAAGUGCUAAUCCCGUAGAAAAAGGGAAUAAUUAUACAUACUACGCUUCCAAAAAUGUAGGACAAGCUGUUUCGUGCAACGAUUUUUCAGUAAGCAAUCCGGAAAUACCUCCUUUAUAUAUAAUAACUCCUACGUAUAGGAGACCUGAACAACUUGCAGAAUUGACACGACUAGCUCAUACUAUAAUGCUCACUCCAAACGUACACUGGUUAGUUAUAGAAGACGCCGAACAAAAAACAGAAUUAGUUACAGACCUUCUAGAAAGGACUGGCCUCAGUUACGACCAUCUACUUGCUCCGAUGCCAGAAAUAUACAAAAAGAAAAAGAAAGGUCCAAAACCAAGGGGCGUUUCGAAUAGAAACAGAGGUCUGGCUUGGAUUCGAGAAAAUGCAAAAGAUGGUGUUUUUUACUUUGCAGACGAUGACAAUACAUACGACCUACAAUUAUUCCGAGAGAUUAGAUAUACGAAACAGGUUUCUAUGUUUCCAGUUGGUCUAAUUACAAAAUUGGGAGUUAGUUCGCCAAUUGUACGAAACGGCAAAUUCACGGGUUUUUACGAUGGUUGGAUGGCCGGUAGAAAGUUCCCCGUUGAUAUGGCAGGAUUUGCCGUUUCCGUGAAGUUUUUGUUAGAACGUCCUAAAGCCGAAAUGCCUUUCAAGCCAGGUUAUGAGGAGGAUGGAUUCUUGAAAAGCUUGAAUCCGUUUGAACCAUACGAAAUUGAACUGAUGGCUGAUAAUUGUACGAAGAUUUUGGUAUGGCACACGCAGGCUAAAAGGAACGAACCCUCACAGCCACUAGAUUUUGCCAAAUAUAACAACACAAACCUAGUUUUGCUCAAACAUAUCCUUGUAUAGCAUAUCUCAAUUUAUUCUUUAUAGAUUUUCCAAGGUGAAGCAUUCAACAGGUGGUUUUUUUGGAUAUUUUGUAAAAUGAAAUUCCGAACUCUACAAAUUCAUAAGCCGAUAACCUUCACCUUGUGCCAUUUGAGUUUUAGAUACCUAGGUACGAUUUCUACUUUCCAUUUAUUGACUUCUCUAGUGAUAGGAGAAUAAGCGAUUUCAUAAUGGAAUAAUAAUACUUUUGGCGUUGACCGCCAUAUUGAUUCAGCAUUCUAAAACCCUAUUGUACAAAAAAAAAUUUGGGAGUUGUAGCUUCUCAUUUUCGGUUGGAAUUUAAAAAGUAUAUAGUUUUUAACUGGAUAAUUGUGAUACUUUUUUAUAUAAAAAAAAUUGUUUUCGCUUAAAAGUUUGUUUGAGGACAAACCUUUGGAGGACAGGGGCUGUGGAAGAUUUUUUUACCUUACACCUUAGAAUAAAGUAACGAAACACAAUCAUAACGUAGGGUCUUUACGAAAAAUAAACAGUAAUAAGAAACUA